AGCAUUGUGUGCGCUCUGCGUCGUCCAUCGGUCUGCAAUAUAAUCCACCAAGCAAAGGAAAUAAUAGCCUCUCUCACUCGUGGAAUAGAAUACAUAGGAGAGGAGAGAAUAGAGAUGCAGGGGGAAAUCUGCUAGACACGUCUCGAUCGAUCUCCCUAUAUAUACUAGCACCAGAUUUUACUUUUGAUUUACCACCCCUGCUGAUCUCGUACGUACAACUAGCUAGCAGGCUCUACUACUCCAUAGCCAACACUAGCUGCAGCAGCACUGCUGCUCCGGCCUCCGGUCAUGGACGACUACGGCAACGCGAGCGCGGGCACGGCGGCGCCGCAGCCGCAGCAAUAUUACUGCCGCUCCGUGUCGCCGCCGUCCAGGGUGUCGUCGUCGUGCUCGCCGCCACCGCCUCCUCCUCCUCCCGCUGUCCUGCAGGUGGUGGGCAACGUGCCGCCGCCGACCGUCGUCCUGAGCCCGUGCGCGGCGUGCAAGAUCCUCCGCCGCCGCUGCGCCGACGGCUGCGUGCUGGCUCCCUACUUCCCGCCGACCGAGCCCGCCAAGUUCACCACGGCGCACCGCGUCUUCGGCGCCAGCAACAUCAUCAAGCUCCUCCAGGAUCUGCCGGAGAGCUCGCGCGCGGACGCGGUGAGCAGCAUGGUGUACGAGGCGGAGGCGCGGCUGCGGGACCCAGUGUACGGGUGCGCGGGGGCGGUGUGCCGGCUGCAGAAGCAGGCCAACGAGCUCAAGGUGCAGCUGGCGCGCGCGCAGGCCGACCUGCUCAACGCGCAGGCCAAGCACGCCAACCUGCUCGCCCUCUUCUGCGUCGAGAUGGCCAAUCGCCGCGGCAACCAGCAGCACCCGUCGCCGCUGACGACGAUGAUGGACGGCGGCGGCGGCGGCGGAUUCGGCGCGGCGGCGUACUACCAGCAGACGACGUUGUACGACUCGGACCUGGACUCGGCGACGACGUGGCCGGAUCACGAAGCCCAGCUCUGGACCUAGCUCAUGCUUCUAUCGAUCUCGACUACUACAAGUACUUUUUGUUGCAUAAACAAAUACUAGCUAGUACGUAGCACAUGCAUGUGCGUUCUGCAACGGCAACGUUUGCAUCUUGUCGGAUGCUGCUGCAAGAACGCUGUGCAGCCGGCCGUAAUUACGAAGUAUACCCCCGUCAAUAUACGAUUAGUUGCUCUUGAUGAAUGAAUGCAUCUUGUCUUACUC